AGUACUCAACUUGAACAAACAGUGAAAAAAAGAAGAUCAGCAACGAGCAAAGAGUUAGCAGAAACCUUGAAUAAUGUAUAUUUCGGUCUUAAUAUUGCCCCUAGAACAGUUCGUGAGAACUUUCAAAAUAUUGGUUACAAGGUGAUGAUUCCUCAUGCAGUUUCUCUUCUCAAGAAAGAGGCUAUGAUUCGUCGGGUCCUUUGGGUUCAUUACAAGAGUGGUGAACUGGUCCCAACUCGAGUAGUCAUAAAACACCCAUAUAAAGUUCAUGUAUGGAGAGCAUUUUAUGCAAAAAAAACUAUUGGAUUUCAUGUGUUUACUGGUAUUAUGAAUGGUGAACAAUAUCACGAAAUUUUGAUGAACUAUUUAUUUGAUCAAGCAAACAUAGCCUUGGGAGACAGGUGGACCUUCCAACAGGAUAAUGAUCCUAAGCAUACUGCUAAACUUAUAAAGGUUUUGUUAGAAGAUCAAUAUCCACAUGUUCUUAACUAG